AUGCAUCUUCAGGCCCUCCUGUUCUGCGCUCUCUGGACUGCAGCGUCCGCCGAGAACUCAGAUGAUUACGAGCUCAUGUAUGUGAAUCUGGACAACGAAAUAGACAAUGGGAUCCAGUCCACUGAGGACCCCACGCCGUGCGACUGCCGCCGGGAGCACUCGGAGUGGGACAAGCUCUUCAUCCUGCUGGAGAACUCGCAGAUGCGGGAGGGGAUGCUGCUGCAGGCCGUGGACGACGUGCUCCGGGGCGAGCUGCAGAGGCUGCGCGCGGAGCUGAGCCGCCUGGCGAGCAGCCUGGCGAGGCCGAGCGCGCCCGCGGCCCCCGGGGAGGCCCAGCUGGCGCGGGCGCUGGACGAGCUGCUGCAGGCGAGCCGCGACGCGAGCCGCCGGCUGGGCCGCCUGGAGGGCGCGGGGCCGCGGUCGGAGGAGGCGGGGCGCGCCCUGGGCGCGGCGCUGGACGAGCUGCGGCAGACUCGAGCCGACCUCCGGGAAGCGCGGGACUGGGCGGCCCGCCGCACGCUGCCCGCAGGUUGUGAAACAGCAAUUUUAUUCCCAAUGCGUUCUAAGAGGAUUUUUGGAAGCGUGCAUCCAACAGCCCUUAUGAAGCUUAACGCUUUUAGUGCCUGCCUUUGGGUCAAAGCCACUGAUGUUUUAAACAAGACCAUCCUGUUUUCCUAUGGCACGAAGAAGAAUCCGUAUGAGAUCCAGCUGUACCUCAGCUUUCAGUCCACGGUGCUCGUGGUGGGUGGGGAGGAGAACAAACUGGUUGCAGAUACGGUGGUUUCCUUGGGGAGAUGGACCCACAUAUGUGGUACCUGGAAUUCAGAGAGUGGGCGCUCAUCGUUGUGGGUGAAUGGAGACCUGGUGGCUUCCUCUGCAAAGAUGGCCCUGGGUCAUGCAGUUCCCGAGGGAGGAAUCCUGCAGAUAGGUCAAGAAAAGAAUGGCUGCUGUGUGGGCGGUGGCUUUGAUGAGACUUUAGCCUUUUCUGGAAGACUCACAGGCUUCAAUAUCUGGGAUCAUGUUCUCAGCCAUGAAGAGCUAAGAGAGGCUGGAGCUGCAGAGUCUUGUCACAUCCGGGGAAAUGUUGUUGGAUGGGGUGUCACGGAAAUCCAGCCACACGGAGGAGCUCAGUAUGUAUCGUAA